GUGCGUGUUAGCGGUCCUGGCGCGCGGCGUGGGUUUGUGUCUCACUGUUCCAUCUUUACCCUUUUCUGAGCUGUUUAUUCCUUUAGUGAAGCGAAGGAAAGACAGAGAAGACAUCACGAUGGCGCAGAUUGUCCCGGGACAGUUUGACGACGCGGAGGAAAUCGGCAGUGACUCACUGGACGACAAACUCGCCGGAGUGACGUUACAGCCGCUGUGUGUAGAUUCUAGGAAGCAAAAUGAUAACAUGGAGGAGGAAGAUGAGGAAGAGGAGGAUGAUGAUGAUGAUGAUGAUGAGUGGUACUGGAAGGAGUCCGACGGAGGAGAUCUUACAAAACGCUACACUGCGAUGCGGACGGGAGUCAAUCAGCAGGCGAACCGACAGAACUCGAAAAAGUCCGAAAAGCUCUCGACGCCUUCGGACAAGGUCCUGAGGAAGUUCGAACACAAAAUCAAUCUGGAUAAGCUGAACUACGCCGAUUCCGUCAUCAACAAAGUCACCGCGAUGCAGAGACAGAAAGAAGCAGACACAUUCCGAGUUAAAGACAAGGCUGAUAGAGCUACGGUGGAGCAGGUUCUGGACCCCAGGACUCGCAUGAUUCUCUUCAAAAUGCUCAGCAGAGGCGUCAUUUCAGGCAUUAACGGCUGCAUCAGUACAGGAAAAGAGGCCAACGUAUAUCACGCGACCACAGCUAAGGGAGAAAGCCGCGCCAUUAAGAUCUAUAAGACGUCCAUCCUGCUGUUUAAGGACAGAGAUAAAUACGUCAGUGGCGAGUUCAGGUUUCGGCACGGCUACUGUAAAGGCAACCCGAGGAAGAUGGUGCGGACGUGGGCUGAGAAGGAGAUGAGGAACCUGAUCAGGUUACAGACUGCAGGGAUUCCCAGUCCAGAGCCCAUCAUGCUCCGGAGCCACGUCUUGGUCAUGGGCUUUGUUGGAAAAGAUGACAUGCCUGCACCUUUAUUAAAGAACGCCGCACUGUCCGAGUCCAAGGCCUGUGAGCUCUACCUGCAGGUCAUCCAGAACAUGAGGCUGAUGUAUCAGGAGGCUCGACUCGUGCAUGCGGAUCUCAGCGAGUUCAACAUGCUGUACCAUGACGGAGACGCGUACAUUAUAGACGUCUCUCAGUCAGUGGAGCACGAUCAUCCUCACGCGCUGGAGUUUCUCCGCAAAGACUGCAGCAAUGUCAAUGAUUUUUUCCAAAAACGCAGUGUAGCCGUGAUGACGGUUCGGGAGCUCUUCGAGUUCGUCACAGACCCGUCCAUCACCAGCGACAACAUCAACCAGUACCUGGAGAAGGCGAUGGAGAUCGCAUCAACCAGGACAGCUGAGGAGAGAUCCAAUCAGGACAAAGUGGACGAGGAGGUGUUUAAGAACGCCUACAUCCCUCGUACGCUCAACGAAGUGAGCCAUUACGAACGAGACGUGGACGCCAUGGGCAGGGAGCAGGAGAAGAAGCAGAACGAUAACAUUCUGUACCAGACGGUGACGGGACUGAAAAAGGAUCUCUCAGGCGUGCAGACGAUUCCGUCCUUACUAGAGGGCUGUGCUGAGGACAAGAGCAGUAGUGAGGAAGAGGACGACGACGAAGAUGAGGACGAAUCUGGAGACGAGGACGCGUCGGAACACAGCGACCAGGACAAAACGCAACCUCUGGACAAAAAGGAAAGAAAAAAGUUGGUUAAAGAAGCUCAGAGAGAGAAACGCAGAACGAAGGUCCCGAAGCAUGUGAAGAAGCGCAAGGAGAAAGUGGCUAAGAUGAAGAAAGGAAAAUGAAAGGAACGUUCUGAAAGAAAAUGUGCCUUCUCGUUACACUGGUACCUCGGCACGCCGGUUUAUGGUUUAAACUUUGUAUGCCAAGGUACCGCUGUACCCUCACCUCGCUGCUCCUUCACAUCACAUUAGUUAGUUUAGCUCUUUGUGAGGAUGUCAAACCAUGCUAUAUGUCCUCAUAAUGAUGGGUCUGAGUUUAAAUCAUCGUGAUCACCUGGUCCUUGCAAAAUAAAAAAAAAAAGUUUUUUUAAAAACAAUUAAAUAAAAGCCCCAAAAGUGACCUGUCGGUUACUAUGAUUACGUUCAUAGUAUUUAUAAUCGGACUGCAUUUUUGUGGAAGACAAAACCUGUAUGUGUAUUUUUAAUCCAUUUAAAUACAAAAAAACAUUCAGUUUUUUCUGAAUAAAGUGAUAUUUAUGGCUGAAAA